AUGAUGGAUGAGAUAUACCGUCGUUCUCAGAAUGUCAUUAGCUGGCUGGGUGAAUCAAGUCAUGACAGCGAUGAAGCUAUGAGAACGAUGGAAGUUUUGGGGAGAUGGAUGAAAGACAAUGAGUCGGAAAUAUUUGAUGGUCCGAAUAAGGAUGAAGAACACCUCACUGUGAGUCAAUACUUCGAGGCCAAAGGCUUUCUAAUUCUUCUUGAACGCCCUUACUGGACACGUGUCUGGAUCAUCCAAGAGCUUGCAGUUAAAGGUUUCCUCUUUCGAAGUACCGAGGACAUUAUAUGCGGCACAUCCUCUAUAAGAAGAAUCGAGUUCGAUGUCGAAUGCAGUGCGAUUCUCCUCACUGUACAAGGAAACUCAGCCCGUAGUACGGGUUCCGGUUUUGAUGUUGAUGAACCACUUCGGUCCAUUCUUUCGAGAGGGUGGCCCCCAGGUCUCGCAAUGAUUCAGACAAUUUCUUCAUGCAAUGGACCCGAGAAACCCACUCUGACCACAUUGAUAGAGGUCUCGAGACGAUUCGAGGCGUCAAAUUGCAGGGAUAAGAUAUUCGCCUUGCUAGGUUUAGUAUGCGAGCAGGACCGCCGCUUGGAACCUGAUUAUGAACAACCCGUUCCAACGGUAUUGAUCAAUGUCGUCGACUGGACGCCUGAUCUUGGAAGUCGGCUGAGGGGGGACACAACAUUAAGAAUAUUCAACAAGACGUUCAAAGCAGAUAAUGGCCAAGAACCGACUGUCGAAAUCGACAGAGGUUUGGGAACUCUAAGCUGCAAAGGCGUUUUACUCGGAGCUACGAUACGAGUUAUCGGUCCUUAUGUACAGGGCCAAAAACUGGCGGAUGGAGCUGAUUUCUAUCAGGAGACGGACAAAAGCCUACUCUGCAGGACUCUUGUCAUGGAUCAUGACUCGACUACACCUGGCGAAGAUCCCUCAUACCCGGCCCCAGGAGAGUUUGUUGACAUGAUGCAAGUUCUAUUCGAGCAGAAGCCAGUUCCCGAUAGCCUUAUAUAUGAAGGGAGCCAUAUUGACAGAUUUAUAGAAUACACCUCUCCCUUUACAAAGUCAGUGGAGAACGUAAGCUCUAAUCGUUGCUUUUUUGUUACUGGAAGUGGGAGCAUGGGAAUGGGACCAUUCUCCAUGAAGCCUGAUGAUAUAAUUGUGGUGCUUUUUGGGAGUCCCUUUUGUCUUGUCUUACGGUCGGUUCAGGGAACAGAUUGGUAUAACCUUAUUGGUGAUGCAUAUGUUCAUGGUGCGAUGGACGGCGAAUUUGUAAAAGGUACAAAGCCAGAUGACUAUCGAACCUUUACACUUGUUUAA